CGGAGACAAGAGCCAGGAGAGAGAAUAAUUGGCACAUUUGAAUAUUAGGCCACGGCUUUCCAUAGAAGAAGUUUUCCAAACCCCAUUGCAUAAUUCCUGUCAUCGCCACAUUCUUUCCUUGUUCUACAAUUCUCUCAACCUGAUAUAUAAACGAAGGCUUUUCGAGGCAUUUGGGUGCAGAAGAGGAGAAACAACAAAGUAUUUCCAUACACGCAGAAAGCAUAUACUUUUAUCACGAGAUGACAGUCCAGAAGGUUUCGUGGCAAUGUUUUGUUCUGGGAUGUUACAAGAUUGAGAACCCUAAACCGAAAAAGAAGAAAGUUGUGGCCAAGCAAACUUCAUUCCACAGGCUUUCGAUGUCGGAUUUUAGUUCUUCAACCAUUUCAGAGGACCUCUCUAUCUCUUUAGCCGGCUCCAACAUUCACAUAUUUACUCUUCAGGAGCUGAAGGUGAUCACUCAGAGCUUCUCGUCUUGUAACUUUCUUGGUGAGGGAGGAUUUGGACCAGUUCAUAAAGGGUUCAUUGACGACAAGCUUAGACCCGGGCUGAAGGCUCAGCCAGUGGCUGUCAAGCUCCUUGAUCUGGACGGCUCCCAAGGUCACAAGGAAUGGCUGACUGAAGUGAUAUUUCUGGGGCAAUUGAGGCAUCCAAAUUUGGUGAAGUUGAUCGGAUACUGCUGCGAGGAGGAACACCGACUUUUAGUCUAUGAAUACAUGCCACGAGGCAGCCUGGAGAAUCAGCUGUUUAGAAGAUAUUCCGUGUCGCUUCCAUGGUCUGCAAGGAUGAAAAUUGCCCUUGGAGCUGCAAAAGGCCUUGCCUUUCUCCACGAGGCAGAAAAACCAGUAAUCUACAGGGAUUUUAAAGCCUCGAACAUCCUGCUAGACUCUGAUUACACUGCUAAACUCUCCGAUUUCGGGCUCGCAAAAGAUGGUCCAGAGGGAGAUGAUACGCAUGUUUCGACGAGAGUUAUGGGGACACAAGGCUAUGCUGCCCCUGAGUAUAUCAUGACAGGUCACUUGACAGCAGCAAGUGAUGUGUAUAGCUUUGGAGUAGUACUCUUGGAGCUUCUUACAGGCAGAAGAUCAGUGGACAAAACCCGUCCUUCCAGGGAACAGAACUUGGCAGAUUGGGCGAGGCCAAUGUUAAAAGAUUCCCGGAAGCUCAGCCGGAUAAUGGAUCCUAGGCUUGAAGGCAUGUACUCCGAGGAAGGGGCUCAGCAAGCUGCAGCAUUGGCUUAUCAUUGCCUGAGUCAUAGGCCUAAGAACAGACCAAAUAUGAGCGACAUUGUAAAAACCCUGGAGCCUCUCAAGGAUUACAAUGACACUUCAAUUGGGACGUUUGUGUACACGGUUCCAGUUGAAACUGAUUUGAAGAAAGAAAGCGAAAAGGAGAGUGAAGGAAAGAAGAAAGUGAAGAAAGAAAAUGGUCAUCACCAACAAAAACACCGGUUACACCACCACAACCAUAAACGUAGUUUCGGAACUCCUAAUUCUCCAACGAUUUACUCGGAAACUCAGCUACAGCAGAGGGUGAAAGACGGGAUAAAUUCGCCUCUGCAUCAGAGAUUGAAAAGAGUAUAGAUUAAUGAAGCGUAAUAACUAAUAUAAGCUGUAAAUAUAUAUACAUCAAAAGCCAUCUUGUGUAACAAGGUGAUUACUUACUAGGCUGAGCAUAUACCUUAUCUUUUUUUUUUU